CAGGCACCUUUCAGUUCUUAUCCGAAAUCCGGAUAAAGUGAAAUUCUAGUAGUCUGGAUAACGUACGACCUCUUCCGGUUGAGUUUGACAAUUUGUCUGGUGUUUUUCACACGCGGAAAACUUUGUGGGUAACCUAAAAUGGCCAAGUCGAAGAAUCACACAAAUCACAACCAAAACCGCAAAGCCCAUCGUAAUGGCAUCAAGCGUCCCACGAGGAAGCUUCAUGAGUCCACUCUGGGUAUGUGCGCCAAAUUCUUGAGGAAUCAGCGAUUUGCCAAGAAGGGCAACAUUUCCCGAGCGGAGGCAGCGAAACGCCAUGAAGAGCGCAAGAAGGAGAACAAGCCUCAACCCAUCAAGCUAUAAAUUGGCUUAAAUCGCUUAAUUCCGAAUGAAAUAAACAUGAAAGUGAGAAAAUUCAAGAAAAA